AUGAAGUAUAUGGCGAUAUAUAUGCCCUUGCUACGAUUCUUUGCCUAUCAAAGAAGCUCCGAUAUUUUCAAUCUGCUGACUGGUGAGAUAAGUCAAGAUCUGGCCCCAGAUACCCAAAUCACAUCCCAAGAGCCUAUCAGCUACGAGGAGGAUCUUGAGAUGCUAUGUGACUCUCAGAAUUAUCUCUUACAGGAGAUUGAGAAGCCAGAAGAUGAUGAGAUUGCCCGGUAUCUAGUAAAGGGUCUAGUGAAAGGUAGCCCACGCCUCUUCUGGAAGCAGAAUGAGCAUGAGUAUCCUGUUCUUGCAAGAAUAGCACGAGAUAUUCUCUCAAUCCCUUUCUUAUCUAACUUUGAGCUUGAACAAAGUGCGUUAGAUAUUGUGAAAGAGUAUCUUGAUGUUGGAGAAGCUGCAAUGCUUGAUCAGGCUUACAAACCAGUUCCUUCUCUUGAGGAUCUUGAGCCGAUCAGUAAUAAUGAGGAGGAGGAUCAAGAGUGUAUUUCAGAGGAUAUCCUAGAGAAUGGUUCCAGUGAGGAUCAUGAUCAACAAGAGGAAGACCAACAUUAA